GGGGGCCUCGGUGACAUUGGGGCUCGGCGGCUGAAGGGGGAGGCAGCGCUGCGGAGCCCGCAGAGAGCGAGACCUUCGCCCGCACCCACCAAACCACCACCACCACCCCGACACCGCCGCCAUGGUGCUGGGCACCAUCCUCACCCACGCGAAGAAGCACCCGGCCUUGAUCCCUCUGUUUGUGAUCAUUGGAUCUGGAGGUGUUGGUGCAAGCCUGUAUCUGAUGCGUUUGGCAAUGUUCAACCCUGACGUUAGCUGGGACAAGAAAAAUAACCCAGAACCUUGGAACAAAAUGGCUCCCAAUGACCAGUACAAGUUUGUCGCAGUCAAUAUGGAUUACAGUCGCCUCAAAAAGGACCGUCCUGACUUCUAAAAACACAACAAUGUCCAUAAGCUGCACAGAAAGGUCUUCCGGAAGCUGUUCGCACAAGUGUCAUGUUUAAUCAUCCAGGAAAUAAAUAAAUUUGCCUCACACAGCACCAGGUCAUGUGUUUUAAAGUGUUUUGAUGAGGCUUAAUAAAUGUUUAAAACUUGAA